AUGGCAGCUGCCUAUGAGAAGGGCGACCGAGAGUUCUGUGGAUUGAAGCUCCCAGAGGGGUCGGGAGACUUGACCACCUGGGAAGCUUUUCCAGACGAGAACGAACUCCUAGAUUGCUCCCAGGCUGAUCCGAUUUCAGAAGCUCGACAAGCCGAUCUUCACACCAACCACCAAGGCGGAAGUAGGCAGGACUCCAGGGCAAUGAAAAGCCAUGACGAGAACAUGAGCAUGGAGGACAUGGAGAAGCUUCUGGGCCAAUUGCCCCAGAUCUGGCGCAAAGAGCUGGCUCAGAAGGCCAUGGACGCCGCCAUGAAGCUUUUCCAGAGAGGCGUGUUCAGCCAAGAAGAUACAAAGUACGAGUUCGGGGUGGACGAGAAGGGCGUGAUCCAUGUGAUUGAUGAGGAGUACGAAGCCAAAUACCCAAAGAUCGCAGCAGAGAUGAAGAAGGGCGAGUACAAGACGGUGACUGACCUUUUGAAAGCAAAGCCAGAGUUGAAGAUGAAGGAGUUCUCCAAGCAGUAUGCAGGGAGGCCGCUAGCCGGUAGGAACUAUCCUCUCUUCGCUGCCUUGGCUGCUGAGGUCAGAGAUGCUUUGUUGGACAUGGGCUUUGACCCUACCAAGGACAAGAGCGCACCAAAGCUCAGCGACGAGCAGGAGGGGUUCAAUCUCAGCUCAGCUGGACACCUGGCAGAUUCACGGGCAUUGAGGUUCGAGUUCCCGCCCAAGAUGGCACCAGAAAAGAGGAUUAUCUCCAACCUUCAGAAGGCUGGCAUGAUCCGUGGCUGUUUGGCGAUCAUUUUGGAUGCAGACCAGACUGCCACCCUUCCAAAGGACGCUGCAGCUGCUGACAAGCUUAUCGCGGAAUACAACAAGUCCACGGAACCCUUGAUCCUGGUGCAAUGCAGCGACACGCAGCAGGGCAGCCCUGAUGAAGUGAGAAGGUCCAACUACAUUUGCAUACUUAGUUGUGAUCAGAUGCAGAUCAACGUGUCAGACAACAUUUGGAAGCUUAUCUUGUUUAGGUCUGGCGCGUUGUCCUCAAGCUUGCAGGGCACUUUGCAGUUCUCUUUGGUUGCGUUGAUUUGUCCUGCUUGGAAUUAUAUGUCGACUCUUGGCUUGGAGAGGUCGCCCGAGGGACGGUCGACGGUCGAAGGGCGGCCUGUCCGCGCUGCGGUGCAGGUCUUCUUGCGCAAUGGGGUCUUGCAGCUGUUGCCUCAGCGAGUCUUACAGCAGUACAUUGACUUUGAGAAGCAGGGCCAGUACUCGGCUUGCAUCAAGCUUUUGGAGUCUGCUACGCCAGGGAGCCUCAACGUCUUGAGUCCCGCAAGCAUGGUGAGUGGAAAGCCGCUGCUGGUGGAAACCGUUCUUCAGCUCAUUGUCGGCUACUCCGGCCUUUGUUUGAAGAAUCAGCAGGGCGCCAUCGCAGUGAAACUCAUCACACAGGUGCUGGACAAUAUGUCCCUCUCUUUGCGAGACUUGCACCCUGGACAUCGCACCGUGCUAGAGGCUGGCAGUGCAGACACCGCCCUGAGUGUGUGCUACUACAUGCCCAAUGAUGUGACUUUGGCGGACCGAUCUCAGUCCUUUUUCCAGCAGGCAUCGGAGCGCUACUUGCGCUUGGGGCACAUCAACAGAUACUGCAAGUGCUGCCUCCGUGCUGCUGCAGUACUACACUUGCAAGGAAGCAAGUCUGAGGCGGAGUACUACACACAACAGGCUCUCAACAAGUUGAGUGAUGCACCAGUCUCCUCUUUACUGGCAGUUUGCUAUCACAACCUGGCUGUUCACACUGCGGUCCAGCACCGCAUUGCAGAUGCAGUCGCGCAUGUGAGGUGCCCUUCGCUUGUUGUCACAGUACAUUCCACUGUAUUGGCUUGA